GAGGAGGAGGAGGAGGGGAGAGGAAGGAAGGAGGCUGAGGGACUGACUGGGUUGGCGGCGGCGGCGGCAGCCACGUAGCGUUGCUGCGGCAGCAGCAGAGGGGAGGGAGUGGGCCGCCGGGAGACAGGCGGAAAGGCCUAGGCCUGGUUUUGAGGGCGGCUGCGGGGGGUUCGCGCGAGGGGAGGGCAGGAAGGGAGGAGGGGCCUUGGCCGCCCCCCGCCUUCCCCCCUCCCCAGGCAUGGACCGCGCUGGGGGUGAAGGAGGUGGAGGCGGAGGAGGAGGCGGCAGCACCAGCAGCACCGACAGUGGAGUAGAAGCGGCGGCCCUGGAGGGUCCUGGCCUGGACAAAGUGUCCGAAGGUUGGUCGGCAGCUUUCUUCCUGCGAACUGCCACCGCCGUCUUCGUGCUGUAAAACCGGAGUUCCAUGACCUACACGUGCUUUGGUGCUCUGCUUCCCAAAAGCAGCCACGUGUUAGUUUUUUUCGAUGCUUCAUCUCGUUCCCGAGGAGUUACUUUGGUUUUCUGGAAUACAAGGUGCUCAAUGAACCGGGAGCCCCCAUGAACGAAACAGCCAGCUCUUGCCAGCCGAUGGCUAAAAACUGCACCUCCCAUGUGGCGGGGAUGGCCCAAGAGGACAGCCACCAGGAGCAGGUGCCACCCCCUUUCUACCAUGAAGCCAGUCAGGAACUUGAUUUGUCCACCAAAGUGUACAAAAGGGAGUCUGGGAGCCCUUAUUCCGUAUUGGUGGACCCAAAAGCGAGUCAGCCACACCUCCAUGAAAGAGAGGAGCAGCCGUAUUUCAGGGAGGACAGAACAGUAGGAGAGGCCCGAGCCGUGAAAGAAGACAGGGAGAACUCUGACGACUUGCAGGAGGAGGAAGAGGAGGAAGAUGAAGUGACUUACAAAAGGGAGCAGAUAAUAGUCGAGGUAAACCUUAACAACCAAACCUUAAAUGUAUCUAAAGGGGAGAAAGGGGUCCCCUCCCAGUCCAAAGAAACUGCUGUUCUUAAGACCAGCAGUGAGGAAGAGGAGGGUGACAGUGGGGAGGAAGAGGCCACUGAAGACAGUAAUGAUUAUGAGGAAAAUGAGAGGCAGAAGAAAAAAGAGCAAAGAGAGGCGAAAGAUAGUGUUGCCCAAAGGAGGACACGGAGAGCUGCGUCCGCUGCAGCCACCACAACCACCCCUACUUCCAGAACUACACGGGGGCGUAGAAAGAGCGUUGAACCCCCCAAACGUAAGAAGAAAGCUGCAAAGGAGCCCAAGGCACCUGUGCAGAAAUCAAAGUGUGAAGAAAAGGAGACUUUGACCUGUGAGAAGUGCCCCAGGGUGUUUAACACACGCUGGUAUCUGGAGAAGCACAUGAACGUCACUCACAGGCGCAUGCAGAUCUGCGACAAGUGCGGGAAGAAAUUUGUUCUAGAAAGUGAGCUCUCCCUUCACCAGCAAACAGACUGUGAAAAAAACAUCCAGUGCGUUUCCUGUAACAAAUCAUUCAAGAAGCUGUGGUCCCUUCACGAGCAUAUCAAGAUCGUCCAUGGGUAUGCAGAGAAAAAGUUCUCCUGUGAGAUAUGCGAGAAGAAGUUCUACACCAUGGCUCACGUGCGCAAGCACAUGGUUGCACAUACCAAGGACAUGCCGUUCACGUGUGAAACCUGUGGAAAAUCCUUCAAACGCAGCAUGUCACUCAAGGUUCAUUCUCUGCAGCAUUCUGGCGAGAAACCUUUCCGAUGUGAGAACUGUGACGAAAGGUUUCAGUACAAGUACCAGCUUCGGUCCCACAUGAGCAUCCACAUCGGCCAUAAACAGUUCAUGUGCCAGUGGUGCGGCAAAGACUUCAACAUGAAACAGUACUUCGAUGAGCACAUGAAAACCCACACUGGAGAGAAGCCCUUUAUCUGUGAAAUCUGUGGCAAAAGCUUCACGAGUCGGCCCAACAUGAAGAGGCACCGCCGAACACACACAGGGGAGAAGCCAUAUCCGUGUGACGUGUGCGGCCAACGGUUCCGCUUUUCCAACAUGCUAAAAGCGCACAAGGAGAAGUGUUUCCGCGUCACCAGUCCAGUCAACGUCCUGCCCGCUGCCCAGAUACUCCUCGCCACGACCUCUCCUGCUACCACUGUACCUUCUGUUGAGAACACGCCCAAUGCCCCAACUGCUUCUCCACCAAUUAAUAUGAACCCGGUGAGCACGCUUCCUCCCCGCCCUGUCAGCCACCCAUAUUCUCACCUGCACCUUCAUCCACACCAUCCGCAUCACCUCCCGGUCCCCCCCGUCCCUCACUUACCCCCACCUCCCGCUCUGUUUAAGAGUGAGCCUUUAAAUCACAGGGGCCAAGGUGAAGACAGUUUUCUGCGGCACCUAGCAGAAAAAAACAGCUCAGUACCGCACCACUAACUGCUUGUCUUCAGCCUGCCGUUCUCUUGGUCUUUUGCACAUGGACGUGUGCCCUCCCCCCGCCCUGAAAUCUUGUGGCGUCGCCCGUAGCUCCAAGUGAAGGAUCUUUACACUGAUCUCAGUUGUUCAGCAAAGUGGUCGUUGGAUGCGAGGGAACCCAACACAACAGAAGCCCGACUUGGCUGGCACAUUUUACUGUUGACUUUACUGUUCACAAUGACUGAGACUUGUGGAAUUUUUUUUACAAUUUCAUAUCAGCUGAUAAGGUAUGCUUGCUUUUAUAUCCCGGACUUUCUCCUCAAAGAGGGGACGGGCCUGGUUUCCUUUGUACUUAGCGGAAAGACUGUGAGACUAAAACCCAGAGCAUUAAUUAUCACUGUGUAUUAUUAAUUGUUUCCGGCUUUUGGGGGGGGGAGGGGUGUGUGAGCGUGCGCACUGGUUGAGCGAGCCAGCCACAUGAUCGCAGAAUAUUAAGCAUUAUAGCAAAAAGGACACUAAGCAAACCUUUACUCUCAUUUGAGUAGUUCUCCUAACACACUCUUUAUUUUAAUACAGAAAAAUUAUUUUAGAGUUUUUGUAUAGACCUAUUUAGUAGCCUGUUUCUAAAAUGAAAUGUAUUUCGAAAUAAGCGGUGUAAUUUUUUUCAGUGUAGCUGGACCUAUGUUGUUAUAAUAGAUAAUUUUUAUAAUCAUUCAAAUGUGAUUUCUUUAAAAAAAAUGCAAAUAGCUUCUAUAGUAAAAAAAAUUAUUCUUACAUCUGUACUACUCUAAAAAGGUGCUGGGAGUGGGAGGGAAAGAAACCCAAGAAGUCUGUGGGAAGGCUGUCUCAAAAGUGGAGGCAAUUUCAGAACUUUAUAUAACUUAUUUGUAGGGCUUUUCCCCCCCCCUUAGCCUUGCAUUAUUUUCUUUCACUUGGAGUUAUAAGUCAAGUACAUUAAACUACUGUGUUCCCACAAAACAUUUUUCGCUCAGCUCAACUAGGCUAAAGUGUGAAAUGUUUCCGAAAGGGUAGACCCUCUCAUGGGGCAAAAUUGGGGUAUGAAGCUGGGGUGUGGGGGGCGGACUCAACCAGAUGUGGGAAUAAGCUGUCAUUUCUUGGGCAUACAUUAGACCUUAGUUCAUUAUGUAAAUGUGUGUUUGAGGUAUGACUUCUGAUUUGGGAAUCGUUUGAUGCUGCUUUUUGUUUUGUUUUCUUUUUUUUUUCAUUUCCCCCCCGUCAUUUUCAGAGAUUCUUGAGUUCACUAGGAGAAAAAUGGGGAAUCACAAAUAAGGUGCUGUGUGGCUGGAUUUGUGUAAAAUAAACCUGGAUUGGUGAAUCCGGUGGGAACGUGGUUGUCAUGUUGGCCGAAAAAUGUUUACGAGUAUGUGCACAUGAUGAAGCAGUGUCCUCUACAGACAACAGAUGCGUAUAAUAUAUGAUGCUUUCUUACACAUUUUUGACUUCAGGGUUCACAGGUAAAUGGAAAAGAAAUAUGUUAAAGUUAAAGCGAGUUGCUAGUUGUAUUUUUUUUUCAGACUCCAGGAGCACUGAAUUGUGGUGAUAGUUUGAAAGCAAAGCGUCGCAGUCCUUGUUCACGUAACUGAAGUCGAAAUACAGCAGCAUGUAAACAGGCUUGUUGGCACCUUGGAGGAGAAGGCACAGAGAUUAUCUGUCACUAGUAGAGCCUAAAUUUCCCUGAUGGCUGUUUGCCCAAAGCUCAGUUCUGUCACCCCCAAGGCCAUGUUUUGCUGAUCCUCAGUGUACUGUUUCCUUUUUUAAAAAUUAGGCUAAUUCAGAACUAAUGUGGUGGGGAUAUUGCAUCAGGUCAGUCCCCACCGAUACGCUCUGAUAAUUGUGCUUCUGCCGUCUUAACUUGUAUUCCGCUUUUAACAAAACAGAACGAAAAGAGAAUUGGAUCUUUUUGAUACUUGAUCUCAUAUGCAAAUGGCAAUUUCUUAGUGCCCCCCCCCCUCCUUUUUCUGACAAACAAGUCUUUUAAAGAUGUUGUGAUAACAUUUAUCUGUUCCUUCUCUUUUGUAGGUAGUAAAGCUAGCUAUAAAAGCGAAACAUUAAUAUAACGCUUCACCCUCUUCUACAGCCCAGGAUGGUUCUGUACAUUCCAUGUCAUGUUCGCAAACCCACAAUUCUGUGUAGUUACCUAUGCUGUAGGCCAACAGUCUGGCCUGUUGAAUCUACUUUUAUAAAUUUAAAGGAAGGGGAAAAAAAAACUCACCUUGGUAAAUCAGCUGUAAGCCAAUUUUGCAACAAUGGUUUUCUCAAUAAAUUUACAGUAUUUGGCUGCUA